AUGUCAGUAAUUUAUCAAAAAUUUCAAAUUUCUUUAUCUGAUAUACAUGAGUAUGAGCAUUCUGAAUUUUUAAAAGAAUGCUUAACCAAUCAAUCGCAAAGAUCUCUAUUAAAUAUAACUGAAACAAAGAUAUUAACUAAAGAGGCGAUAGAUAAGUUUUACAAAAAAAUUUUACCAAAUUUAGAUUUGAAAGAGAUUAAAAUUUUAAAAAUCAAUUUGGCGUAUUAG